AUGGCAAAACAAUCGAUGCUUGCGAAAAGUGCCCUUCCUGCUUUGGAUAUGUAUUGUCGAAAGGCCAAUACUCGUUCUUUAAGAAAACUCGCAUAUUCUUUGGGUGCUGGUCUGGGAACCAAUAAGACAUCUUUGAGAAGUAAUAUUAUGAAUCAGGCUAUAUCUCUAAAUGAACUCAGACAGCGACAGCUUGAUCAAGGAAAAAUAUCUGUUACAUCAAUCGAUUUGGGCAUAUCGAAUUUUGCUUACGCGAAAUUCGAGAUGACACUAGGAGAGGAACUACCCAAACUGCUUGAAUGGAAUAAAUUUCAACUAGAGGAAGAGUUUUUGAAGUCAAAAUUUAAGGAAAGAAUGUCUUUGCAUCCGACUGACACAUCUGAAGUUGUCUACAACUUAUGCGAAUAUUUAACAGCACGGAAGAAACUACCCGACAUGUUCACUAUUGAAAGACAAAGGUCAAGGUCCAUGUCAUCAAGGUCGAUUCUAGAGCCUAUUUUGAAAGUAAACAUUUUGGAACAGAUUCUUUUCUCGAAUUUAUUGAACAAAUCGAGGUACUCCCAGAAGGGGGCACUGAACUACAUGGUAGCAUCAUCAGAUCCUCAGCGAAUGACAUCGUAUUGGAACUCAGUUAUGCCGCUGAAAGAUAGUAUCAAGAGAUCAUAUUCGAAAGCUGAGGAAGAGGAAACCAAAACGAACGGUCUGUCUAACAGGAUAAGUAAAACAACGAAAAUAGUGACUGUGAAGAAAAUAUUAGAAGGUGCGUUGGGUAUAGGUGAUUAUAAAUAUAUAUCUUUGUCGCCUGAUUGGUCCAAGCGCUUAGAGUCCUUUAUUCCUGGCAAUCCGAAAUUCAAAUUAUACGAUUGUGCACCUUUGGGGCCCACUUCUGGCAUGAAAAAAGACGAUGAUUUGGCGGAUUCAUUCCUACAUGGCUUGGCUUGGAUAGAAUGGCUAAAAUUUUAUGGGCAGAUUCGUGAAAUAGUAAUGAGAAAAGAGGGAAAGUAUGAUCAAACGGUAUUAGCAGCGUUCAAUGAUACUAUAAAAAGCAACAAACUUGACGUCAAUAACCUUAAUGAUGCUCAGACAACUAUACACCAUAAGCGUAUAUCCAGCUAG